AUGUCAAAAUUUGCUCAAAAAGUUGGCCGAAUUCCCAAAGUUCUUUAUGAGCACAAGAAAAAAACGGUGUUUUUCUCAUUUUGCGGAUAUUUGGCUGGAGAUUGGGUUUAUAGAUGGAGCAGAAAUCAGACGAUUCGAGCGGAAUAUUCGAAAAUUGCGCGGAUUUUUGGAGAAAAAACGAUUAGUCGUGGGUUUUUUGAGGGAAAUUUGCGAAAAUUCCGAUUUUUUGACCCAAAAAUCGUCAUUUUUCAUCAAAAAUGAGCCUGGAACCAUGAAAAAUUGAAAAAUUUUGUCCUGAAAUUUGAUAAAUCCUGAGUUCUAGAAGAAAUCCAAGAUUUUCGAGGUGAAAUUUGGAUUUUCCACGAAAUUUCCAGUUUUUAGACACCCAACUUGAUAUGGUUUUGAAGAAUUUCAGAAAUUUCAGAUUUCAGGGCUCAAAAUGCUCCAAAUUUUCAGAAAAAUUCAAAUAUAGUAAUGUGAGGUGUCAAAAUCCUCCAAAUUUCAUGAAAAACUUGAAAAUUCACGAGAUUUCAUCCAAAAUUGAUAAAAACAUGAUUUUCGGAAUUCUUUUCGAGCCAAAAUUUGAUGAAUUCAGAGUUCUAGAAAAAAUCCAAGAUUUUCGAGGUGAAAUUCGUGUUUUUCGUGAAAUUUGGGGAUUUUAGACACCCAAUUUGAUAUACUUUUGAGGAUUUUCAGAAAUUUCAGAUUUCAGGGCUCAAAAUGCUCCAAAUUUUCAGAAAAAUUGAAAAAUAGGCUUAUGGGGUGUCAAAAAUCCGGAAAUUCUAUGAAAAACUUGAAAAUUCCCAGGAGGUAGCGAAAUUCUAAUUAAAACAGGUGAAAACAUGAUUUUCGGAUUUUUUAAGGCCAAAAUUUUUCAAAUCUCGAGUUCUAGAAGAAAUCCAAGAUUUUCGAGGUGAAAUUCGUGAUUUUUAUGGGAUUUCCAGUUUUUAGACACCCAACUUGACAUAGUUUUGAAAAUUUUCGGAAAUUUCAGAUUUCAGGGCUCAAAAUGCUCCAAAUUUUCAGAAAAAAAAUUAUGGGGUGUCAAAAAACUCGAAAUUUCAUGAAAAAUCUAAAAAUUCACGAGAUUUCAUCCAAAAUUGAUGAAAACAUGAUUUUCGGAAUUUUUUAGAUCCAAAUUUGAUAAAUUCAGAGUUCUAGAAGAUUUUGAGGAUUCUGGAGAGGAAAUUCGGAUUUUCCAGGAAUUUUGUGGAUUUUAGACACCCAACUUGACAUACUUUUGAAAAUUUUCAGAAAUUUCAGAUUUCAGGGCUCAAAAUGCUCCAAAUUUUCAGAAAUAUCGAAAAAUAGGCUUAUGGGGUGUCAAAAAACCGGAAAUUUUAUGAAAAAUUCGAAUUUGGGCCCAAAAAUCAAUAAUUUUGCAGCCGAAGAUCGUCCUCGUCGAAUUUUCGUUCUAAUAAACACCGACGCAAAUCUUCGAAAUGUCGUCGAUAAUUUCACAAAAAACGCUCUUCCACUUUUUCAUUUGGCUGGAAUUUCAGUGGAUAUUGUGAAAGCGAAAGAUGAAAAACAAAUGGAACAAUUGGCUGGAGCAUUAGAUCAACAAGAAGCUGAUGCGAUUUAUGUUGUGGGAGGAGAUGGAGCGAUUGGGAAAGUUGUUAGUGGGAUUUUUAAAAAUCGGUGAGUUUUUUGGAGCAUUUUGACACCAAACAUGACUAUUUUUGUGAAAUUUGGAGCAUUUUGAGCCCUGAGAUAUGAAAUUUCUGAAAAUUCUCAAAACUAUAGCAAGUUGGGUGUCUAAAAUCUCCAAAUUUCAUGAAAAUCACGAAUUUCCCCGCGAAAAUCCACGUUUUCUUCUAGAACUCAAGAUUUGAAAAAAAAUUUUGGCAAAAAUUCCGAAAAUCAUGUUUUUUCGUGAUUUCUCGUGUAUUUUCGGGGUUUUCAUGAAAUUUCCGGAUUUUUGACACCUCACAUGACUAUAUUUGAAGUUUUCUGAAAAUUUGGAGCAUUUUGAGCCCUGAAAUCUGAAAUUUUCAAAAUUCUCAAAACCAUAUCAAAUUGGGUGUCUAAAAUCCCCAAAUUUCAUGAAAAUCACGAAUUUCCCCAAUUUUUCAGCGAAAAAUCAAUACUUCCUAUUGGUUUCUAUCCGGGAGGUUACGAUAACGCAUUUCUGAAAAGAAUUGCUCCAGAAGUUUUUGCGAAUUCACAAGAUGUUCGAGCUGCUUGUGAAAGUGCAAUGGCUGUGAUUGAAGAGCAAAAAAGGAAUUUAUACGCUUUUGAGGUGGGGAAUCUGGAAUUUUUGGCUGAAAAUUUGAAAAAAUCGCGGAAUUUUGAGCAUUGCUCAUGUUAAAUUUCUCGAAAUUCCUCAAUUUUGACCUAAAAUUAAUCAAAUUUUCUGAUUUUUCGCUCAAAAAUCGCUGAAAAUUCCAAUUUUGCAGGUAAAAAACGCGGAAAAUGAUGAAAUAAUUGAGUACGGUUUAUCGGAUUUGAGUAUGGGAUGGAAUCGACAAAUCGAAGAGGUUCGCAAAAAAAUGUGGUAUUUUGGAGGAUUGAGAAGAAGAUGGGCGUAUAUUUGGGAAAUGUGCAAGGUAAGGGAAAAAUUGGUGAAAAAUGGCGUUUUUUGGGUCCUGAAGCGAAAAAAUUGAGCUACAGUACUCCUAGCCACGAAAUUUUCACUCCAGGACCUAAAAAUUCCCAUUUUUCACGAAUUUUGGGUCCUGAAGCGUAAAAAUUGAGCUACAGUACUCCUAGCCACGAAAUUUUUACUCCAGAACUCAAAAAUUCCCAUUUUUCACGAAUUCUGGGUCUUGAAGCGAAAAAAUUGAGCUACAGUACUCCUAGCCACGAAAUUUUCACUCCAGAACUCAAAAAUUACUCAUUUUCACGAAUUUUGGGUCCUGAAGCGUAAAAAUUGAGCUACAGUACUCCUUUUCACUCCAGGACCUAAAAAUUCCCAUUUUUCACGAAUUUUGGGUCCUGAAGCGAAAAAAUUGAGCUACAGUACUCCUAGUCACGAAAUUUUCACUCCAGGACCUAAAAAUUCCCAUUUUUCACGAAUUUUGGGUCCUGAAGCGAAAAAAUUGAGCUACAGUACUCCUAGCCACGAAAUUUUCACUCCAGAACCUUAAAAUUCCCAUUUUUCACGAAUUUUGGGUCCUGAAGCGUAAAAAUUGAGCUACAGUACUCCUAGCCACGAAAUUUUCACUUCAGGACCUAAAAAUUCGCAUUUUUCACUAAUUUUUGGGUCUCAAAGCGAUCUACAGUAACCCAAUUACAGCGUUCACCGUCUCCAAUUGAACUACAAAUCGAAUAUGAGCAACCAUGCUCGGGCUGCCAAAAAUGUCGCCCAAAACCGAUUAUUUUGGCGCCAACUUGGCGAUGGUGGCACAUUUUGACUGGAACUCCCAAAUAUCGAAAUUCUGAUGGUGGGUUGUGCGGAAAAAAUGCGGAAAAAUGAGCCAUUUUGGGUCCUGAAGCGAUAAUUUUGAGCUACAGUAACCCUAGGGAGGGUUUUGGCGGGAAAAUUGAGAUUUUCAAGGUCCUGAAGCGAAAAUUUGGAUUUUUGGGUCUCGUAGCGAUUAUUUUGAGCUACAGUAACCCUAGGGAGAGUUUCUGCGGGAAAAUGAGCCAUUUUGGGUCUCGCAGCGAUUAUUUUGAGCUACAGUAACCCUGGGGAAGGUUUUGGCCUGAAAAUUAGGAUUUUCAAGGUCCUGAAGCGAAAAAUUGAGAUUUUUGGGUCUCGUAGCGAUUAUUUUGAGCUACAGUAACCCUACAGUAACCCAAUUUCUUCCCUUUUUUCAGCCGAACGUGAUUUCACCGGAAUAAUCAAUGAAAAAUGUGGAGAAUGGCAAAAAAUGGAGGCGAAAGGCAGUGAAAUUCUGAUCGAAAAUCAACAGAAUACGGUAGGUUUUGGCGCGAAAAAUUUGAAUUUGAAAUUUUCGCAGAAACAAACUAUGCACCUUUAAAUUCGGCGCGAAAAAUUCGAAAUUCAAAAAAAAAAUCAGAUCUAGAAAGGCCUAAAAAUAAGCCUAAAUUUAGAAAGGCCUAAAAAUAAGCCUAAAUCUAGAAAGACCUGAAAAUAAGCCUAAAUCUAGAAAGACCUAAAAAUAAGCCUAAAUCUAGAAAGGCCUGAAAUGGGCCUAAAUCUAGAAAGGCCUGAUAAUUAGCCUGAAUCUAGAAAGGCCUAAAAAUAAGCCCAAGUCUAGAAAGGCCUAAAAAUAAGCCUGAAUCUAGAAAGGCCUAAAAAUAAGCCUAAAUCUAGAAAGGCCUGAAAUAUGCCUAAUAUUAAUAUCAUUCUCAACCUAAGCCUGAAAUAGGCCUAUUUCAGGCCCCCUUAGGCCCCUUAGGCCCCCCCAAAAAAUCCCCAAAAUUUUCCAGGAUCACUCAUCUCUCCGUCUCCGCAUUUCCGCCGCGGAUUCCUCGCGUCUCUCCGUAAUCUCUGACGGAUUUUCCGCGCGAAUCGCCGAAAAUCACGUGGGUUCGAGCCGCAACCCGGAUUAUUAUCCAAUCGAUAUUUCCGCCAACUCGGUUCGCUUCAAAAUUGCUCCGGAAAUUUCGGAUUACAUCAGGAAAAUGUGGUUGUCGAGUAUUCCCACUGAUAAAUCGGCCGAAAUUUGUGAGAAAUGGUGGGAAGUUAGAGGAAGUCUCAAGAAGUUGGAAUGUUUUUUACCCAAAAAUGUUAGGUUGCAGGAGUUUUAG